GGGAAGAUUAGAUUGUAAUUCGCAGUCUAUUUUCACAGUUCUCUUUAUUUCAUCCUGCAUCAGGAACAUGUUACAGUUAUACAAGGGGUAGUUAGUAAAUAAAUAUACUGAAAAAGAAGCCGUGAUCCAAAAAGAACUCAGUGCUUUACACAAAGUGAUCACUUAAUUGUUGACCACACCUCGGGGUAGUGCCCUCUAUUAACACUUCUAAUUAAUGCCGGCUCUCUGGGUCUCAGUCUUCCCAUAUUAGCUAUUCUUAGAGUAUUCCAUCUCUGAGGCUGGACCACCAGAACGUCUUCCUUUCCUGCCCCGAGGGCUCAGAAUCACUCCAACCCCAGAUUCCCGCUCUCCCGCACCUCAAGCGGUUACCAUGGUGAUGGAUCUUCCUCUUCCGCCCGCUCUUUGGGAUGGUCCAAUAACGGAGAAAUCCCUGGUUUAUUCCCACCCAAAGCUGGCUUGGAUAGCAUUGUGAGCCAGACUAGAUUCUGGUUUGUGGUGAAUACUGAGUAUGGGGAGUCAGAGCCACAAAACCGCCUAAGUCCCGGGAGAAGAAAAAUCGCGCCACCUGCCCUCUCCAGUCAGAACCGAACGCUGCAAAGGCCUCUGGAGCUUGGAGGCACGGCGCUAAAGCCUCGACUUUGCGCUGGGUUCCAUAGAACUACGAUUCCCAGAAUCCUUCAUCGACGACUUGACUUACUCUCGACUACAACCCCCAGAGGUCUCCGCUACGCAGUUCCGCCUCUGACUAUUCUGUACGCACCACUCCCCCCUUCCCCUCACCCCCAAGUCUUUGGACUGACAGAAAAGAUCUGGGCCUGUCCUCCCUAUUCGUUAAUGUCUGUGUGUUGGUGGACUGGGCUGGUCGGGAAAAUCGAUCUUUUCACUUUCGGUGGAAGGGCUUGUUUCUGCGUGCGUAUGUGAUAAGGGGAGCUAGAAGCUAUCUUAGAGAGCAUCUUAGACCAGCCCUUUACAGAUAGGGAAACUGAGACCUAGAAAGCUUAAAUGAAUGACUCGCCCAGGUUCUCCCAACUAAUAAGCAAAGCCUGGAUUUGAACCUCCAAGAACUCUGUCCUUAAACCCAGUCUGGGUCUCCGUGUGAACCUGAGCUACUUCCAGAAGCCGGGUGUGCCCUGUGCCGGUAGGGAUGCCUGGUGCACAUCAUGUGGCUCGCUGUCUUUAUAUAUCGCGCCUGGAGCUCGCUGGUCAGCCCGUAUGACUAAGUCUACCCGUCUCCAGCCCCCCUGCGGAGUCUGCCCACACUAGCCCAGGGUUAGAAUUCACUGGAGCUUGGCUUGAGUGAGCAGAAUCAAAGCCAAUGUCCCCAACUUGAGGGGACCUUGUUCCUGAGUUCCCAAGACUCAGCAACACGGGAAUAAGCCAUCCAGGAGAGAUAACCGUGGAGAAGGAGAGUGCAUGGGAAGAGAGGAAGGAGAUGAGAAACUGAAGUACACCUAGACUACGCUGACUAGGAUGACAAAGUGUCCAAAACCUUGGCAUCCGAGAUCUGACUGGAAGGAAAACAAAAAACUAGAGAAAUGUCAACCUGGACAAAGGAAGACACCCAGGGAGUAGUGCCAGGAGCUUCACGUGGCGAGCGCAGCAGGAAUAAACAGCCAAAAGUGAAGGUGGAGGAGGAUAUUCUGAGAGAACAGUCCUUGGAGAAAAAGUCAGAUCUGAGGCCUGUCGUGCUAAUAUUUCAGGACAGAUAUCAGAUAUUGACAGCAAGAAGCAGAUCCCAGAGUAGUUCUGAUUAUUCUACCUGAAAAAUUCAGGACUUGGUCAAAGUAACCACAUCUAGAGAACAGUGACCAAGAAUUGACUACGGAGGAUCUGAUCAAAGUACAGGAAGAGAAAGGUUUGCAUUCACUGGGCUCCACCUUUCUACAAGUGGAAAGCUCAGAGAUGGAGGAUAUGGUUCCUGGGCUUCUGCUCUCUAGACCUCAGGAAUUAUUGACAUUCGAGGAUGUAGCAGUGGACUUCACCGAGGAGGAAUGGAAGCAACUAGAUCAUGUUCAGAAGGACCUAUACAGAGAUGUAAUGCUGGAAAACUAUAGGAACCUGGUCUUUUUGGGCCAUCAAAUUUCCAAACCAGAUAUGAUAUCUAAGUUGCAGCAAGGAGAAGAGCCCUGGAUAAUGGAGAGAGAAAUCCCAAAAGGCACCAGCCCAGACUGGGAGACUAGUUCUGGAAUCAAAAAGGCAACUAUUAAGCAGGAAGAGGAAUUAACCCAGGAAGCAAUGGUGGGAAAAUUCACAAGGAAUAGUCUUUGGUAUUCCAAGUUAGGAAAACCCUUUGAAUGGGUUAACCAAUUAGGGUGGCAUAAGGAGAGCCAAGAGAAACAAUCAAAGCAGAUGAUUACUGGCCACAAGAAAGCUUUCACUGGGAAGACUGGCCCUGAAUGUAAUGAAUUUGGAAUCAGUUUUAGUCUGAGUUCAAUCCUUAUUACAAAACAGAGAGUUCAUAUAGGAGACCAUAAAUUCCACAAAGAUGGAAAGAUCUUCAAACAUGAUUUAGACCCAAGUAAACAUCAGAGAAUAUGUAUAGGGAAGAAACACCCCUAUGAAUGUAAUGAAUGUGAGAAAGCUUUUAGUCAACAUGAACAACUUAUUCAGCAUCAGAAAAUUCAUGUUGUAGAGAAACCAUAUGAAUGUAAUGAAUGUGGAAAAGCCUUCAGCCGAAGUACAAACCUUGUUCAACAUCAGAGAAUUCAUACUGGAGAGAAACCAUAUGGAUGUAAUCAAUGUGGUAAAGCAUUCAGCCAGCGUGCACACCUUCUUCAGCAUCAUAGUACUCAUACAGGAGAGAAACCUUAUGAAUGUAUAGUAUGUGGAAAAACCUUCAGCCAGAAUACACAUCUUAGUCAGCAUCGGAGAAUUCAUACUGGAGAGAAACCCUAUGACUGUAAUGAGUGUGGGAAAGCCUUCCGUCACCUUUCUUCCCUUACUCAGCAUCAGAGAAUACAUACAGGAGAGAAACCUUAUAACUGUAAUCAAUGUGAGAAAACUUUUAGACGAUGUACAGAGCUUACUCAACAUCUUAGAAUUCAUUCAGGAAAUAAGCCCUAUGAAUGCACUGAAUGUGGGAAAGCCUUCAGCAGGAGUACACACCUUAAUCAACACCAGAGAGUUCAUACUGGAGAAAAACCAUAUGAAUGUAAUGAAUGUGGAAGAACCUUUAGCAGCAGAUCAUCCAUUGCUCAGCAUCAGAGAAUUCAUACUGGAGAGAAACCCUAUGAAUGCAAUGAAUGUGGGAAAUCGUUCACCCGAAGUACAAUACUUGUACAACACCAAAGAAUUCAUUCUGGAGAGAAACCAUAUAAAUGUAAGCAAUGUGGGAAAUCAUUCACUGAUAAGUCAUCAAUUUUUCAACAUCAGAAAGUGCAUGCUAGAGAGAAGCCCUAUGAAUGUCAUGAAUGUGGGAAAUGUUUCAGUCAGAUUUCAUACCUUAUUCAACAUCAAAGAAUUCAUACAGGAGAGAAACCCUAUGAAUGUAAUUAUUGUGGGAAAGCCUUUGGCAAUAGAUCUUCCAUUAUUCAGCAUCAAAGAAUUCAUACUGGAGAGAAACCUUAUGAAUGUAGCGAAUGUGGGAAAUGCUUUAAUCAGAUUUCAUAUCUUACUCAACACCAGAGAAUUCACACUGGAGAAAAACCUUAUAAGUGUAAUGAAUGUGGGAAGGCCUUUAGGUGGAGUACACACCUCACCCGACAUCAAAAAACUCAUACAGAAGGGAAACUUUAGAAAUAUAAUUUGUGUGGGAAGAUAACAGUUAUAAAUAAGACAUGGUUCUUGCUCUGAAAGAACUCACAAUUUGGAGGGGAUGAUUAGAUGUCUAUGUAGACAAACACAAGUUAGAAUGUGAUAAGUAUCCUGUUUUGGUCUGGUGGGGAGGGCAGAGAAAUAGAGGUAUUGGGAUAUUGUUAGGCAGUAUUCAUUCAGAAAGGAUAAUCUUGGGAGAAGCUUUCUCAAGAUGGGCUAAGAAAAACACAAACUGUAAUUUAGGAUCCACUUGUAUAAACAAAGCCCAAACUGUGAGACAGGUAUUAUUUUACCAGGUGAGUACUAGUAACCUAACUGGAAAGUGGAAAUUAAAAUUCAUAUCUAAAGUAGGCAGAAACAUGAACAGAAUAAACAGAUGUCAGAGCUAAGACAAAAAUUAUAUGACAGAAGAAAAUUUAAAGCAAAAAGAGAUUCAGGAAAUUAAAAAUUUAAACACAAUCAAGACAUACUCAAAGCCCUCAUACCAACAGAGGAAGGUACAAAGAGAAACUAGAAAGUGCUUCUUAUGCCAUGAAGUAGGGCACCUCAUAAAAGAUUGCUAUUUCAAAAAGAAAUAUGAGACAACCAAAAAUACACAGGCAAAGUCAUAUUACAAAGAUAAGAAAAAUGUGUGUUGCAAGCAUUGUAGCCUACAAACAUCUCAAGAAGCUUCAAAUAUUGAGGAAAUGCAUUCAGCUAUUAAUUUAGGGACUAAAUCCAGAUAUUCAGAUGUGCUGACUCAUGGGAGAAAGGAUUUAUGAAUCCAGAAGUAUAAUUUAUUUAGCUUGAUUCAUGGAGAUAGAGAAAAUAUAUUGCAUGAUGAAACAAGCAGAGACAAACAUGCAGGAACAAACCAAAACCAAAAGCAGAAAAGAGUAAAUACAAGGGUGAUGCAGAAAACUAAAUGUAUUGAAUCUGUGAGAAAUGAUGAUGAUAAAUCAAACAAAAUGUUAAAUGAAAAGCACAGACAAGUACGGGAGCUAGAUGAAGAGAUUAAAAGUAUCAUUGUGCAGACACAAACUGAAAUAAGAGACUCAGACAGAAGGAGCAUAGUAACCACUCAUGAAAAAAGCAGAAAACAAGUAAAAAUGUAUUUGAAAAUUUUUUUCAGUGCAGAUUGGGCACAGGGAUUGAAUUUUGGAGAAGUCAUAAAAACUCACAUAAAUCUAACCAGGAGCUGUUGAAAGACACAGCGAAACAAAAUUUCAAUUCCCUGCAACAAAAUAACUGUGGCAGAUAAUGGAAUGAAAGACAAGGACAAGAAGGCUACGAAAAAUAAGGCAGUAACACAUGGCAAAGAUAACGACAAGGACACCGAUAGCAACAAGGAAGCUGAGAAAAUAUUUCCCUUAAAAGAUGUUACCAAAAUUUCAGAGAAUGCUGGAGUACUACAUUCAAAAGUACACAAGCAAUUUACAACACAGGAAUUGGAUUCAAUAUGUAGAUUUCCAAAAUUUAUCUCUGAACCAUAUAGAUCUCUCAAGGAGCUAAAAAGGACAUGUAGGAUCUUUGAACCCAGUUUUGAUGAUACAGAGUUCCUUUUGUCAGAAUUAUUUAGCCCCCAUGAACACCAGCAGUUUAUUGAAAAGACUAGGACAGAUAACACCUUGACUAGCUGGCCUACAGAAGAGCAAAGGGAAGAUUUUGUCUUCUCUAAUCCCGCUUGCAUGACAUAUCUCAGAAAAUGCAGGGAAGAUUUGCUCCAGGCUAUCAAAACAUUUUGUUCCAAACCCAAUGCAUGGGGAAAAUUUGAUAAAUGAAUUGCAAGAGAUAAUGAUCCAGCUAUAAUGAUAAUGAUAAUCCAGCUAACUUUAUUGAUUGCCUAUUAGAAAUUGUGGAACCUAUAAUGGGAAUAGAGAAUGACUCAGAGGAAUCUGUAGCUCAUAUACGGAGGCAAUUUCUUAGGGGUUGCACAUCACACCUAAGAAACUUUUUCAAGAACUAUUUCCCAAAAUAUGACAUGAUUACUCUUUCUGAACUUAGAGACUCUGCAUCCUAUUUGUUUGACAGCUCUGCAAACUUGCACCUCCUUGCCUGUUUGCAGGCUUUCCUCCAUUUUACUUUUCCACAGGCAGUGAUGGUGGACCUAGUGCUUUGGCGAUGUGGUUUUACCCAGUUUGGCAGUUGCUGAAGAGUGGAAUCUCCUCCCAUUUAUAUCAAAUGUUCUAGGAUUCAGUCUUCCAAUUGCAGCUUCCAAAAGGAUUCCAGAUAUUUUCUUCCAAACAAAUUAUAGACAUCUUGUUUCAAGCUACUCAAAAUAAGGUUAUCAAUUUUGACACCAUAUGUAUAGUGCCCUAUACACAUUUGUCUUUGACUCUAUUCAUCUGUUCAACUAAAUUCCAGUGCUUACAUUGAGAAAGGAGAUGAAAUAUUAUUGUAUUACAGGUGUUAUGGAAGGAACUUUUAGAACAAGAGAGACUUGUUUGACCUUUGGGAGGGAUUGAUGUUACUAAUGAGUCUAGUGUUUUGGCAACUGUUGAAGUCCUUCACAAAAAAGGUUUGAAAGUCACUGCUGCAGUAGUGCUGCUGAACGUGCAGCUGGGGCCAAAGCCACAUUGAAAGAGCAUGGUAGUCACCUAUAUGUUAUAUUCAUUGCAAAAGAUCCUGAAUAUUCUUGGGCAGCUAAAAAGAAGCCCUUGAGAUGGUUGGAAAAGUAAACAAAUGUUUUCAAGAACAAGAUUAUUGUGUAUCUACAAAGGAAAUUUUAAAAGGAUAUUGCUUUGUGGUGCAAUGCCCUGCUGCCUGGGACUAUUCUUGCUGACUCAAAACUUCUUGGGCUUAUAUAAUAAAAGCAGAACAAUGUGGAUCUUUCAGCUGCUACUACAAAAGCCAAGUAGCUGUGGGCAGCAGCAGCCACUCAGGGUGCCAGCAUGUGUAUAUUCAAGACUUUUGUAGAAUGAUUUUACUCUGGAGAUAAUGGGGGAAUCAAAAACUCAACAGAACUUCUUGAAUUUAUUAGCAUGUGAAGACUGGAAACAUGGAGACAUUGGAAACUGAUAAAGCAAUGUGAAGAUAGUGUUUUUAGAGUAGCUUCUUGGACUAAUCUAGGGAAUGCCCAUGUAAUGUCAGGUCUUGGAGGAAUGAACAGCUUGGGCUAUCAUUUCAAUGGAGUUGCUUUCUGAUUGCUAAAAUGAGCUCCUCUUGGUCAUUAACUGCUGGUGACUAUACUAAAGAAGCGAUGAAAGAAGAUGAAUUUUAUUUAGAGUUUGUAAAUUGUUUUUUGUUGUUCAAAAGUAAGCAGUAAACCAGAAUCUGUUCCCUUGACUCUAGGAAUCAAAGUACAAGCUGCAAGGAAUAAUCUUAGUCAACAAAUGAAUACAUUGUUGACUUGGAAUCUGAAUAUUCUGGGUUCAAAUUACACUUCUUGUAUUUGUGGCCUCU